CAUGCCCUGCCCCUGCGCCCGCCGCCGCCGCCGCCGCUCAGGCCGGCGCGCUCUGGAGGCUCCUGCGCCGCGGCGCUCCCGGGCCCCGCCGCCGCCAGCCGCCCCGCCGCCCUCCUCCCGCCCCCGGCACCGCCGCCAGCGCCCCCGCCGCAGCGCCCGCGGCCCGGCUCCACUCACUUCGGGGAAGGGGAGGGAGGAGGGGGACGAGGGCCCUGGCGGGUUUGGAGGGGCUGAACAUCGCGGGGUGUUCUGGUGUCCCCCGCCCCGCCUCUCCAAAAAGCUACACCGACGCGGACCGCGGCGGCGUCCUCCCUCGCCCUCGCUUCACCUCGCGGGCUCCGAAUGCGGGGAGCUCGGAUGUCCGGUUUCCUGUGAGGCUUUUACCUGACACCCGCCGCCUUUCCCCGGCACUGGCUGGGAGGGCGCCCUGCAAAGUUGAGAACGCGGAGCCCCGGACCCGCUCCCGCCGCCUCCGGCUCGCCCAGGGGGGUCGCCGGGAGGAGCCCGGGGGAGAGGGACCAGGAGGGGCCCGCGGCCUCGCAGGGGCGCCCGCGCCCCCACCCCUGCCCCCGCCAGCGGACCGGUCCCCCACCCCCGGUCCUUCCACCAUGCACUUGCUGGGCUUCUUCUCUGUGGCGUGUUCUCUGCUUGCCGCUGCGCUGCUCCCGGGUCCUCGCGAGGCGCCCGCCGCCGCCGCCUUCGAGUCCGGACUCGACCUCUCGGACGCGGAGCCCGAAGCGGGCGAGGCCACGGCUUAUGCAAGCAAAGAUCUGGAGGAGCAGUUACGGUCUGUGUCCAGUGUAGAUGAACUCAUGACUGUACUCUACCCAGAAUAUUGGAAAAUGUACAAGUGUCAGCUAAGGAAAGGAGGCUGGCAACAUAACAGAGAACAGGCCAACCUCAACUCAAGGACAGAAGAGACUAUAAAAUUUGCUGCAGCACAUUAUAAUACAGAGAUCUUGAAAAGUAUUGAUAAUGAGUGGAGAAAGACUCAAUGCAUGCCACGGGAGGUGUGUAUAGAUGUGGGGAAGGAGUUUGGAGUCGCGACAAACACCUUCUUUAAACCUCCAUGUGUGUCCGUCUACAGAUGUGGGGGUUGCUGCAACAGUGAGGGGCUGCAGUGCAUGAACACCAGCACGAGCUACCUCAGCAAGACGUUAUUUGAAAUUACAGUGCCUCUCUCUCAAGGCCCCAAACCAGUAACAAUCAGUUUUGCCAAUCACACUUCCUGCCGAUGCAUGUCUAAACUGGAUGUUUACAGACAAGUUCAUUCCAUUAUUAGACGUUCCCUGCCAGCAACACUACCACAGUGUCAGGCAGCGAACAAGACCUGCCCCACCAAUUACAUGUGGAAUAAUCACAUCUGCAGAUGCCUGGCUCAGGAAGAUUUUAUGUUUUCCUCGGAUGCUGGAGAUGACUCAAAAGAUGGAUUCCAUGACAUCUGUGGACCAAACAAGGAGCUGGAUGAAGAGACCUGUCAGUGUGUCUGCAGAGCGGGGCUUCGGCCUGCCAGCUGUGGACCCCACAAAGAACUAGACAGAAUCUCAUGCCAGUGCGUCUGUAAAAACAAACUCUUCCCCAGCCAAUGUGGGGCCAACCGAGAAUUUGAUGAAAACACAUGCCAGUGUGUAUGUAAAAGAACCUGCCCCAGAAAUCAACCCCUAAAUCCUGGAAAAUGUGCCUGUGAAUGUACAGAAAGUCCACAGAAAUGCUUGUUAAAAGGAAAGAAGUUCCACCACCAAACAUGCAGCUGUUACAGACGGCCAUGUACGAACCGCCAGAAGGCUUGUGAGCCAGGAUUUUCAUAUAGUGAAGAAGUGUGUCGUUGUGUCCCUUCAUAUUGGAAAAGACCACAAAUGAGCUAAGACUGUACUGUUUUCCAGUUCAUCGAUUUUCUAUUAUGGAAAACUGUGUUGCCACAGUAAAACUGUCUGUGAACAGAGAGACCCUUGUGGGUCCAUGCUAACAAAGACAAAAGUCUGUCUUUCCUGAACCAUGUGGAUAACUUUACAGAAAUGGACUGGAGCUCAUCUGCAAAAGGCCCCUUGUAAAGACUGGUUUUCUGCCAAUGACCAAACAGCCAAGAUUUUUAUCUUGUGAUUUCUUUAAAAGAAUGACUAUAUAAUUUAUUUCCACUAAAAAUAUUGUUUCUGCAUUCAUUUUUAUAGCAACAACAAUUGGUAAAACUCACUGUGAUCAAUAUUUUUAUAUCAUGCAAAAAUAUGUUUAAAAUAAAAUGAAAAUUGUAUUAUAAGCUGCUAAGUUCAGUCCAUUAUCAUCUUACAUGAUGAACGAAAACUACUAUCAUGAAGACACUGAUGUUUCUCUGCCCUUUUUUGUUCUCUAACCAGAUGUCACAUACGUAUUACUAUGAUAAAAAGUAUGAUCCUGUGAAAGAGAGUGUCAGAGGACAACAGAAUGCUAUUGCUUCAUCUCUUAUAUGUUUAAUGAUUAUAAACAUUUUAGUACAUGAUA